AUGCGUUUCUCCGUCCUCGCCAUUGCGUUCGCCGCAACCACUGCCUUCGCGCAAGACCAGGAAAAUGCCACCACCACCAUUCCCGAUAUUGGAAACUUGCCCUCGCAAAUCUCCCAACUUGCGGGCAUGUUGCCAACUCUCCCUCCGAACUGGGAACUCCCCGCCAGCGUCAAAGAUCUUAAAGACUCGCUCCCAACACCUCCCCCAGGCAUCUUGACCGACCUCGUCAAUGCAGUCCCUACCUCCGUUCUUCGCGGCCUGGUGAACCCUGCUUCUCGCAGUGCGCUUCAGGAAAGCGCUGCCAACGGCGAGGUCCCCGACUGGUACAAGGACCUCCCGACCCAGGCGAAGUCCUACCUGGGUCUUUUCGCUACCCAGAUUGCCGAUCGAAGCAUUAACUACAACCCUACUGCGGCCGUUGCGUCUCCUGGCAGCACCGUCAAGGCUAGUGCUGAUAGCGCGGAUUCUGCGAAUGACGGAGGCGAAUCUGGAGGUUCUAGCGAGGCCCCUGACAAGGACAACGCGGCCUUUUCUUCUUAUGAUAGCAAGGCGAUCUCGACCAGUGUCUUUGUUGCAGUGGGCAUCCUCGGUGUUGCGCUUGCGCUGUAG